CCCAACGCAGACGUGGAUUGGCCAGCGCAGUGGUGGUGGUGGGAGCGUCUGGUGCUGGGGCUAUGGAUGCUGACCACGCUGGUGCUGAUCAAGAGCUACUCCGGCAACCUAAUGUCCCUGCUGGCUGUCAAAUAUCUGCCGCAGCCCUUCCAGUCUCUACAGGAUGUCAUCGAUCACCGAAGUGUGUCCAUCAUAUGGCAGAAAUCUUCGCUCUUCGAGCAAUACAUCAGAACCGCCAAGUCUGGCGUGUUUCACGAGAUGGCGAGACUGGAGAAGGAAGGCCGCAUGGUGUUCCACAAACAGCCACAGUUCCCGUGGAGCCUCGACACCUUCGUGAGGAGAGGACGCCAUGUGCUCGCCGACGCUGACAUCACGAUCACAAACCUGAUAGCGCGAGAUUACUCAGCCACAGGCCGAUGUGACUUCUAUUUAUCUAGAGACGGAUUCUUCCCUUACUCCUCCUCGCUAAUAAGCCACAAGACGGACCCUUUAAUACAGAGCAUCGACAAGUGGGUGCUGCCACUCAUCGAGACAGGACUCGUCAGGUACUGGAUGGAGAGCGUGCCAAACUACACUAUUUGCGACAGCCCGUCAAAAAUAAAAGUCCACAAUGAACCGUUUUCCUCCAGCCACAUCUGGGUAAUGACAGUCUUUGCUUUAUUGGAUUCAUGUCAUUUACAUUUGGUGACAAAAUUUGGCAAUGACACUUCCUCACACUUGUAUUGCUGUCCCGUGCUGUCUCUUCGGGAGCUACUGAGUCGUGCGUUGCAGAUUGUGUACGUGCUGCUGGGUCUCGGUUUGGGUGCCGGCGCUGUGGUCCUCUUGCUGGAGAUCGUGACACACCGUCUCACUUGAAGGCACCUGAAAGACAUUGUUAGAUCAAAUGAUAAUGUCCCAAAGUCUUUAUUUUGUAUUGUGGCAUGCCAUUAUUUCUGUUUCAUGCUGUGUUGGAAGUAAAGUUAUUUACUGCUA